AUGCCCGGUAUCGCUCGCAAGAUCGUAAUCUGCGCGGCGAUUGACGGCCUUUUCAUACAACCACUUGUGACCAAAGGACAGCGCCCCGCGCAACCAGUCAGGAUCAGAUAUGGCGAUGCUUCUAUCACCCCCGCAUCUCGAGAGCAGGUUCCCGACGUUUCUCAGCCGGACUCUUCCUUCGAGGCCUUCGGCGUUAUUGGCCUAAUCACGGUCUCGCGUCUGAGCUACCUCAUCACAAUCACCCGACGCCAGCAAGUGGCUCAAAUCUGCGGGUUUCCGAUCUACGUCGUCACCGAAGUCGCCGUGACCCCAUGCACUUCGCAGCGAGAAGCCAGAGAAGCUAUCGGGAAGACGGCCCGGGAGCUGCAGGACCGCAACACGGAUAAAAAUGCCGAUGACAGUGAAAGCGAUGACUACGUUGAGCUUCCCGCGAGCGGUGACGAGGUGGAAGACCCGGCGCAAGAAGCCAAGGCGGACAACGACAAGGGACCCGAAGCCGUGAAGAGCACCGUUGCCAAGGAUGUUAUUGGCAGAAGGGGCAGUCAUGGCAGGUUCGCGCAGACAUGGUUCAGUAAGAGUGGAUGGACGCAAGACCAGAAGAGCUCGACUGGUUGGAGUGGUGCCGCGCACCAAGUUCGUCGUUCCGUCGAUCAUAGUCCUUCCAAGGCCGCCCCUUCUCAGACGACGGCAGAAGAAACUAAGGAACCGGCACCGGCUCCUACACUGCUUCCGAAGCUUCUCCGGACAACACAAAUCCUCUUUGGCUCGUCGCGAAGCUUUUUCUUCUCGUACGAUUUUGAUAUCACGCGGAGAUGGGCGAGUCGCGCAACGUCGCAGUCCGAUGAGGUGCCCUUGCAUGAGCGCGUAGACCCAACCUUCUUCUGGAACAGGAAUACCCUGAAGCCUUUUGUAGAAGCUGGACAAGAUGCCUUGCUACUCCCUCUCAUGCAGGGUUUUGUCGGCCAGAAGAGCUUCGUGGUAGACAGUAGCCCUCCCCAACAUGACUAUGGGCCGGGAGAUUCUGUGGAAUUGUCCACCUUGAAGCAUCCUAAUAGUGAGAUACCUUUCCCGCCGUCAGAGAAGGUCCGCGACUCGGUUGAUCUCCGUUCUACCGAGAAGAAGUUUUUCUUGACCAUCAUCUCCCGUCGUUCAACGCAAAGAGCCGGUUUGAGGUACUUGAGACGAGGUAUCGACGAGCAAGGUUACGUUGCGAACGCCGUCGAAACAGAACAGAUUCUCUCGAGCACCACCUGGGACAAGUCCUCCAAGAUCUACUCCUUCCUUCAGGUUCGAGGCAGUAUCCCGCUCUUCUUUACACAGUCGCCCGUCUCCUUAAAGCCCGUGCCAGUGAUCCAGCACUCUCCAGAAGCAAACUACAACGCGACAAGGAAGCAUCUGGAACGUUUGAGAACAGAAUAUGGCGCCUUGCAGAUUGUCAAUCUUGUCGAAAAACAUGGUGUAGAGGCAACGGUCGGUAGCCAGUAUCAGAAGACUGUGCAACAGUUGAAUGAGGAAGAGUUCAAGGGCCAAGAUGAGGCUGUAGCAUUCGAGUGGUUCGAUUUCCAUUCGGCCUGCCGAGGAAUGAAGUUUGAGAAUGUCAGCCAACUUCUCGAAACUCUUCGCGACAAGUUGGAGGGAUUUGGAAGCACCGUCGAAGAAGAGGGCCAAAUCAAAACGAAGCAGCAAGGCGUUUUGCGUACCAACUGCAUGGACUGCCUUGACAGAACCAACGUAUGCCAGAGCUCUUUUGGUAAAUUCAUGCUUGAAGCCCAACUGAAGGCGGAAGGUUAUGACCUUGCUGCCCAGGUAGACCAGCAAACGCAGUGGUUCAACACGCUGUGGGCAGACAACGGCGACGCCGUGUCCAAGCAAUAUGCGUCGACGGCAGCCAUGAAAGGCGAUUACACGAGAACAAGGAAGAGGAAUCUCGGCGGCACGUUGAACGACCUUGGUCUUUCCUUGACUCGCUAUUAUAACGGCAUGGUCAAUGACUACUUCAGUCAGGCAGCCAUUGACUUCCUCCUAGGCAACGUCAACGCAAUGGUCUUCCAAGAGUUUGAGGCUGAGAUGAUGACGAAAGACCCCGCGGUUUCAAUGCAGAAAAUGCGGGAGCAGGCUAUCGAACUGUCACAGAAGCGCGUCAUCUCCGAUGAAAGCGAGGAGUUCAUGGGCGGAUGGGUUCUCUUCAGCCCCCAUCAAUCAGACACCUUGCGAGCUAUGCCCUUUGAGGAAGUGGUGCUGCUGUUGACUGAUGCUGCCAUCUACCUUUGCCGAUUUGAUUGGAACAUGGACAAAGUUUCAUCCUUUGAACGGAUCGAUCUUGCCCACGUCGUCAGUAUCAAGUUUGGCACGUACAUCAUCUCGACGGUUUCACCCGGCCAGACAGACGAGAUGAAGAAUGUUGGAUUCGUUGUUUCGUACCAGCCAGGCAAGACGGACGUCACAAGAACGAACACCAGAACAUUUUCGAACUUGGGUACGUCGAAAGCCAAAACGGACCGCUCAAACCUCUCGGAACAACAACAACCCCAAUCUGCCCUAAGCAGCUUGUUGGGUGGCGGCCGUCCCCAAGCCCCGCCUAUUCGCAAGAUCGCUUUCAAGGCCCCCUACUCGCAGUCGUCUGCCGCCGUGACGGGCGAGGAGCCGAAGCUCAGCGAGAUCCAGCAGGUUGUCAGCAUUUGCGCGGAAAUAGAACGACUGGCGUUCCUGAGCCAGCCCGGCAAGGAAAAGCCAGAAACAAAAAGCAUCAUAGAAAAGGGCGACAUAAUCUCGGUGGAGGAGGCGAGGCAGAGCACAGGUUUGCUGGACCAUAUCAGCUACUCUUUGAAGAGACUCGUCUGGGCAUAA